AGAAAAAACAAAUUUUUUAAUUGUGCUUAUAAAACCCAUUUAUAAAGCUUGCCGGCUAUGAGUAUUGUAGGCGGCGGUACCAGCGCCACAGCAGGCAACGCCGGCCACAACAAUGCGCUACCAAUGGCGCAGUUGGCGGACGGCUGGCUAGAACUGGAAUCGGAUCCGGGUCUUUUUACUUUGUUGCUGGAAGACUUUGGCUGUCAUGAUGUACAGGUAGAGGAAGUAUACGACUUGCAAAAACCCAUUGAAAGUCCAUAUGGAUUCAUUUUUCUUUUUCGCUGGAUCGAAGAGCGCCGGGCUCGUCGCAAAAUAGUUGAGACUACGGCAGAGAUAUUUGUCAAGGAUGAAGAAGCCAUAUCAAGCAUAUUCUUUGCCCAGCAAGUAGUGCCCAACAGCUGUGCCACUCAUGCCCUCCUUUCCGUUCUCCUGAACUGCAACGAGAACAAUCUGCAAUUGGGCGAGACUCUCAGUCGCCUCAAGGUCCACACAAAAGGCAUGAGUCCGGAGAAUAAAGGUUUAGCCAUUGGCAAUACACCAGAGUUGGCCUGUGCCCACAACUCGCAUGCAAUGCCACAGGCACGUCGUCGUCUGGAGCGGACUGGAGCUGGGGUGGCGAGCUGCCGUUUCACGGGCGAAGCAUUUCACUUUGUCAGCUUUGUGCCUAUCAAUGGACAACUAUUCGAGCUGGAUGGACUGAAACCCUAUCCUAUGAAUCAUGGCUGCUGGGAGGAUCAUGAGGAUUGGACUGACAAGUUUCGACGCGUGAUGGCCGAUCGGCUGGGCAUUGCAACGGGUGAGCAGGACAUACGCUUCAACCUGAUGGCUGUUGUGCCCGAUCGACGGAUUGCCAUUACCCACAAGCUGAAGAUGUUGCGCACCAAUCAGGCCAUCGUGUCGGGUACACUGCAGAAGCUGCUGAAGGCCGAUGAGCAAGGUGAACGCGAUGAGCAACAGCGUCCAGACACGCCAACCACGUUGCUAGAACCAAGCGCAUUUACGGCACGAGAUUUGCAGUCGCUGCUCAAGAAUCUGGACACGGAAAUAGCCAUCAAUGAGCAGCACUUGGCUGAUGAGAACGAUCGUCGUCAAAUGUUCAAAGUCGACGCCAGUCGUCGCACUCACAACUACGACAAGUUCAUCUGCACAUUCCUCUCCAUGCUGGCGCAUCAGGGAGUGCUCGGCGAGCUGGUCAGUCAACAUCUGCUGCCCUCGAAGAAGAUUAGUGGCCAAGGCGCUGCCAAUCGCAUAAGCAAACAAAGCGGCUCGUCGGGCAACACCUCUGCUACCAGUUCCGGCGCCAAUGCAGGUGCCACCAAGUCCCAGCAGCAGCAACAGCCACAAACACCGCAGACGCCCAAGAAUGGCAAGUCGCCGGUUAAGACGCCCGGACGGAGGCGGAAGGGACGCAACAAGUGCAGAAAGCGCAAAUGAACUAUUCCAUAGGCAACUCAAAUAUGAUCUAAUUUAAAUAUUUCAUAGUAUAAUUAAUUAUGUUAGUUAGCCACUAAGUUUAGUUAUUUAAAACUCAUCUUGCUGCAUUUUUGAUUUUAUUUGAUCAUUCUUUUAAUAAUAAAAAACAUUUUGUUCAUGUGAUUAAAUGUUUCAAGUCCUCUUGGCAUUUAAAGGACCCAAA